AUGGGUUCUAUGCCUGAAGAUAUUCCGCAGGUGGACGUUCUGCUUGUGGGCGCAGGCUUCGGGUCAUUUACCCUGAUGAACAGACUUCGCAAACAGGGUUUGAAUGUAAAGAUAUAUGAAAAGGGGGCAGGCUAUGGCGGCAUCUGGUACUGGAACUGUUAUCCAGGUGCUCGCGUAGACAGUGACACGCCAAUCUAUCAGCUGUAUGAUAAAGAACUGUGGCAGGAAUUCACGUUCAAAGAACGUUAUCCGGAUCGCAAGGAGCUGCGACGAUAUUUCGACUUUGUGGAGUCCAAGUGGGACUUAAAGAAGGACAUUGUUUACAAUAAACAUGUUGAUUCAGCCGUAUUUGACGAAAAGCGCCUGCAAUGGCUGGUCGAGUGCUCCGAUGGCUCUGAGAUCUACUGCAAAUAUUUCAUCCCUUGCAUUGGCUUUGCGUCAAAGAAGUUCAUCCCGCCGUUUAAAGGACUUUCAGAAUUUAAAGGAGACGUUUACCAUACCGCCAUCUGGCCGCAACACGACGUCAACCUCAAAGGCAAGCGUGUUGCACACGUUGGCACUGGAGCGUCUGGAAUCCAAUGUAUUCAGGAAACUGCUCCAAAGACGUCAAGGUACAUCAUCUACCAGAGGACACCGAAUUUCUGCUUGCCAAUGAACCAGCACAAGUUAGACCCCAAAGAGGAGGAAGAGAAGAAGAAAAACGGUUUCUACGAGGAGCAAAUCAAAAAGACUUAUAACACGUUUGCUGGUUUCACGUACGACUUUGAGGACAAAUCGACCUUUGACGACACUCCGGAGGAACGAGAGAAGUUUUUCCACAAGCUGAUGGUUGAGGACGGUGGGUUCAAGUAUUGGCUUGCCACGUACAAGGACAUGCUCUUCGAUAUGAAGGCAAAUGCGGAAGCGUACGAAUUCUGGAAGAAGACGGUUAGAAAACGAAUCCCGGAUCCGAAGAAGGCGGAACUGCUUGCACCAGAGAAGGCGCCGCAUCCAUGGGGCACCAAACGACCAUCAUUGGAACAGAACUUUUACGAAGUCGUUUCAAUGGAUCACGUCGACAUCAUCGACGUCAAUGCCGACCCGAUAGUGGAAGUUACCGAAAAAGGCAUUCGCACACGGGACGGCGGUGUCGUCGAGGUUGACGUGAUCAUACUCGCAACCGGCUUCGAUUCUGUCACCGGGUCCCUCGCUCAGCUGAACAUCCAAGGAACAAGCGGUGGUACCAUUGCUGAUCAUUGGAAGGACGGCACAAAGACCGCUUUGGGCAUCGCCAUCACGGAAUUUCCCAACAUGUUCUUUGUGUACGGACCGCAAGCUCCGACGGCGUUUAGCAACGGCCCAAGCUGCACGCAGAUUCAAGCCGAGUGGAUAGAAGACACCAUUAGAAGGCUCGAGGCAGAUGGAAUUGUGAGAUUCGAGGCAAAGCAGGAGACUGAGGACGAAUGGGGACGCAAGAUGCACGAGAAGUGGAAUGCGAGUCUGUUCCCGUUAGCAAAGUCGUGGUACCAAGGCUCAAACAUUCCCGGUAAAAAGGUCGAGCCGUUGAAUUGGUCGGGUGGUAUCCCGGCGUACAGAGAAGCGCUGGCGAACUCCUUGGACAACAAUUACCAAGCCUGGCACAUCAAAAAGAAGGAUUCGGCAUAG